CAGUAAAUGCACGCCUACGCUCAUGCAGGUGAUUGGCGUCGCGGCGUGUAGGCGAUUAUCAGCCCCAGCCUUCCGAUGCACGUCCGCUGCGGCUUGCCCUUGUGGCAGACGUGCUAGCGGGCUUAACCUCGCUGAUAUGGAACAUUCUAGCAUCGUUUUUAGGACCAAAAUCCCAGCUUAAUUUUUAUCCGCCCUGGAUCUCAACCAACAGUCGCUGCAGCCAGACUAAAUUUCUAGUGACACCAUCCAGGCCGCUAUCCUUCCGCAGCUCGCCCCCAUGGUUCUUCCCUCCUUCUUCGCAUCCUCAAAGAAGUCGUCCAAGACCAGAGAUAUCCCCAACCUUGCCCCCCGACCUUCACCCCAGGCUACCGCGGGCACCCCUCCUGCCUCGCCUGACAAGCACACCCACUCCAAGGUGAAAGACCGGGAACGCUCCUCCAGCCGCCGUUCGAGCUCGUACUCGUCCAAGCGUUCCUCCAAGUACGACCGCGACUCACACCCGCUAAAUCUGCCGCCUGAGGAACGCCAACGCCUGUCCUCGCAAAUGUCCGCCAUGGACCAGCCCACACCCCAGCCAAUGGACGUCGACCGGGAACACUCGUCCUCGCCCGCACCCUCGAGCCCGGUAGCAGACGCCCCAAAGACGAAUGGCGCCAACGGCGCCCCAGACGGGCCCGCUCCUCCUCCCCACAGAUACACAAAGAGCCCGCCGCCGCCCACAGCAAACUACGCUGCCACCCCCGAGGCUGCCACCCCGCCUGCUGAGCCCCCGACCAUAGACGCCGAGGAGUACAAGGCUGCUGGCAACAAAUUCUUCAAGAUCAAGGAUUACCCACGCGCCAUCGAGGAAUACUCCAAAGCUAUCGAGGCCGACCCCAAGAAUGCCACCUACUACUCGAACCGGGCCGCCGCCUACAUUUCCGCCAACAAGUUCUACGAGGCCAUGGAGGACUGCAAGAUGGCCGACGAGCUGGACCCCAACAACAUGAAGAUCCUGCUGCGGUUAGGCAGAGUAUACACCAGUCUGGGACGGCCAGACGAGGCUGUGCAAGUAUACGACUCCAUCAAUGCCACGGCCAAAGACAAGCAGCCUGCCUUGACAAUGCAAAAGCACCUCCGCAUGGCCGAGGACACUGCACGGAACGAGGGCUCGGGCUCCAUGGUCAUCUACGCUCUUAACGAGGCUGAGAAGGGCCUCGGUGCUGGUGUAGACAAGCCCCGAAAGUGGCAGCUUAUGCGGGGAGAGGCACACCUGCGCAUGGGCAAUGCCAAUGCGCUUGGGGAGGCACAGAACGUUGCCAUGUCGCUGCUACGGUAUAACAACCAGGACCCGGAUGCUCUCGUGCUUCGCGGUCGCAUCCUAUACGCCCAGGGCGAGAACGACAAGGCUGUCCAACAUUUCAGACAAGCGCUUGCCUGCGACCCUGACUUCAAGGCUGCUGUGAAGUACCUUCGCAUGGUUCAAAAACUGGACCGCAUGAAGUCGGAAGGUAACGCUGCCUUUAAGUCUGGCAGGUUCCAAGAAGCCAUCGACACCUACACCCAGGCGCUAGAAGUCGAUCCCUCGAACAAGGGCACAAACUCCAAGAUCCUUCAGAACCGAGCCCUUUGCCACAGCCGGCAAAAGAGCUGGAAGCAAGCCAUUGCCGACUGCGAGAAGGCGCUGGAACUCGACCCAAGCUACACAAAGGCACGGAAGACCCGGGCAAAAGCCUUGGGCGAGAACGGCAACUGGGAGGAGGCUGUGCGUGAUCUCAAGGCCAUCCAGGAAGAGAACCCGUCGGAACCUGGAAUCGCCAAGGAAAUCCGCGAUGCCGAGAUGGAGCUCAAGAAGAGCAAGAGGAAAGACUACUACAAGAUUCUCGGUAUCGAGAAGGAUGCCACAGAGCAACAAAUCAAGAAAGCAUACCGAAAGCUGGCCAUCGUACAUCACCCAGACAAGAACCCUGACGACGCGGAUGCUGCAGACAGGUUCAAGGAGAUCCAAGAAGCACACGAGACUCUGAGCGACCCACAGAAACGUGAACGGUACGACUCCGGCGCUGAUCUUGUAGACCCCAACGACAUGUUCGGUGGGGGCGGUAUGGGUGGAGGCAUGGGUGGCAUGGGUGGUGGCAUUGACCCAGAGAUCCUCAUGCAAAUGUUCGGUGGCAUGGGUGGAGGCAUGGGAGGCGGCCGUGGCGGAGGAGGUGGUUUCCACUUCAGCAGCGGCGGUGGCGGCAGUCCAUUCGGUGGUAUGGGUGGUAUGCCCAGCGGUGGUCGAAGAGGAGGACCACCCGGUGGCUUCCCCUUCUAAGCGCCUCAUUUAUACCCACACAACCCCCACGACGACGCUCCGGUUCAAAAACAGCAUCCUCUCUUUGAUUCGUGUGUAUACCCUUGGCAGAACACUUCCGACAGAUUUCAUUCACUGGCGUUGGAUACAGGAGACGCGCGAGCAGUAGAUGCAUAGACGGUCGUUCGGAUCGCUCUCCUGUAUUUGGGUGGGAUGCGAAGCAUUGAUUUUCACGUUGGCUCCCGAGGGAUUUAGCAUUGCCUGGCGUCUCUCAUUACUAUUUUGUGCAUGAAACCCACCUCUAAGAAAUGUCUGCCGUAUGUGACGUGUUGGAAUUAGUAGUGUAAUGCGAAUUUUUUUUUAAAAAAA